UGUCUUUGAAUACGCGCGCGGGAAUGACUAGACAGCUAACAGUGAACAGAGGAGCUCGAGAAACUAUAUAAAUAACUAAAAUAUAACGUUGUAAAAGUUAAUGUCGAUUGUUAGCUUUGUUUGUUAUGAGACUGUGAGCGUUUCAGGGAAUUGUUUGUCCAGUAUAUAAAGAGAGGCUGGUUAUUUGAGUGCGUGGGAUUUGUAAACAAUGAAAUCCACAAAGAACACUAAAGUGAAACCUGCAGCAUCAGCUAAAGAAGAAGAGUGUGGAAUAUGGCUCGACACAAAAGAGUUAAAAGAAAAGAAACAACAGAAACAGCUGACCCGUCCAAUAUCCAAAUUCCUGAACCCACUUGCGAGAUCAGGGGGAUACAGUGUGGCAGUCGCACUCAGCUUCACUCAGACCAAACUCAACAUGCCUGUCACUAGACAAAGCACUAUAUCAACCUUCUUUUCACCCAAAUCCAGAGACCCUAACCCAAGUGCGGCUUAUUCUGGGUUGUCCAGUUCCAUGCACACAGAGGCACACACCGGGGCCAAACGGAAACAUGAUGUAACUUUGAAGCCAUCUACAGAGUCAACCAGUCAAAUAUCUGAGGAGCACUGUGAUGAAGAUUUUGAAAGAUUGUCAGCCAAGGACCAAAAAGAACAGUCUUUUCUCCAUUUAAUAUGUGGAACUGAGCCAGAGGAAGAAGAAGAACCGUCUGAAAAAAGGAGACAUGUUGUCCAUUAUACAGAAAAUGUGUUAGAGACACAAGAAUAUUGGAAUAAAGAAGCUUCAAAUGAAUAUCCAAAUCAGACAAUUCCUGAAACUGAGACUUUCUUUCAUGAGGAGUCACCGGAGCACUAUGAUCUGAUGGUCUGGAAGCCCUCUGAAGAUGCAUGUAAGCAUUUCCUGAAGUCUCCAGGUCCUAAACACACGGACAAACAUGAUUUAAGAGAUCAGAAGGCCUCAGUUAAGGGGUCUAUCUUAACUUCUAGGCCUGCCAAUGAAAACCACAAAAGAUGGAGAGCUUCUGUGAAUACUAAUAAAAAUCAGGAGCAGUCUUGGCACAAAAAUAAGGCAUCACCCAUGAAACGGAUGGGGAAAGAGAAUAGCUGGCCUGCAUCACCUAUUAAAAAUGCUCCAACAUCGCCUUUUAAACACCAUCUCAUUUCCAGUCCAGCUAAGUGCAGGUUAAAGGAAAAAUACACUUUUCCCCCCAAAAAAUCAGGUAAGGAACUUGUAAACACAGAGACGGUUGGAGAAACUUUUGCUACGCUGUUUACUCAGGACUCAGAGGGCUUCUGUGUGAUUGCUCAUCGUGACCAGCACUUAAGGAGCCCACUAAGAGACCAGAGCAAUUUAUCUGUGGGCAAAGAUUACGGGAAUAGUCCAUCUGCCACUUCUUUAGGAAAAGAGGAGGAGGAAUCAGAUCUAGAGCCAGAGAUGCUUUUCACCCAAGACUCAGAGGGAAACAUGGUCAUCAAGCAUUAGCCAGAAACAGAUGCGAAAUACCACAAGAACACAGAAUUUUAAGUGUUUUUUUUUUAUUGAUUUUCUUUCUUAAAAUUUUGAAGCUCUUGAUUUUGUUAAAGUUGUAAUUAAAAUAUUUGAAAAUUUAAAUGAACAUUCAAUUCAAAAAUAAACAUUUGUACAAGUACAAAUGAACCCCAAAAAUGAUUUGUUGUGUAAUAUUUUAUAAAGAUUCACUGCUUGCCAGCAGAUGGCACCAUGAAGCUUUUACUGUCAAUGUUUGGUGUAUUCCUUAAGCUGUGCUUGUAGAAUCUGUAUAUUUUAAAGUAGGACAUGACGUGUCACAUUAAACAAGUUGAGUACAUUUGAGUUUAAAAGCUCUAUCAUUUGAAAUUAAUUUACGUUUUGUAUUGCUUUAAAUUACCAGCAUGGAGCAAGGUGAAUACUUCACAUUCUGUUCUCGUUUGCCAAGUUGAUGAUCCCCCAUUGCUGCUCUGUUUAAAUUUGCUUUCAGGGACAGUUUCAUUAAAGAGCCAUGUGCUGACAAAUUCACUCAUUUUUCAUGCAUUUAUAAUAAAUGCCAUGGACUCCCAAAUGUAAUGAUCCCCUUGUAAGGGACCCCUUCCUAAAAUAUAAAGGCAGUUUCAUGUAUAAAAACCCAUUUAUACUGUGUGUGAAAAAUAUUAAGUGAGAUAUUAGAAGUACAACAAAAUUAGAUUAAAAAAAUUAGAUUACCAUUUUUAUAGUGAAUUAACUGUCAUAUUUUUCUUGUACUAA